UGAAUAUGUACGCGAAUCAAUAAUCACUGUUACUAUAUAAAAAUAUAUUGCUAUAAAGCAAAAAUCUUAAUUCGGCUCUAAUUAGCUUAUUUCGAUCAAAAAGCUAUUUUCAUCAUUCCAUCAGCUGAUAAAUCGCUUUUGUACAAAAAAGAUUCCAAAAAAUAACAAGCAAAGAAGACAACAAAAUCCAGCACAAAUAUGACACAUUUCAAAAUUAAAACGUCUAUGAUGUUUUGAUGUUACAAUGUUCCAUUAAGGUCAGGGUCAAAUAGCCCCGUUACGGUCAUUGACCCCCUAUACGUUUGACUUGCCAGUUUUAACUAAAAUUUGUCGCACAGUUAAAAAACUAUUAACCUUUGCUUAAAAUUUUUUUCUAUUGAUAACAAAUUAUUGAAAAUACAUUAUGGGCGUUACAUUGUACCAUUUUGCACCCAGUGGACCCUCAAGAGGGGCCCUGCUGGCAGCCAAAGCUGUUGGUGUAGAUGUUGAUAUUCAGAUAGUGGAUCUUUUCAGGAAAGAACAAAUGAGUGAAGAUUUCAUCAAGAUCAACCCUCAGCAUACUGUCCCAACCCUGACAGAUGGCGAUCUAGCUAUUUGGGACAGCCAUGCUAUCGCUUGCUAUCUGGCAAAUACCUAUGCUAAAAAUGAUACAAUUUACCCUAAAGACCCUAAAAAACGAGCAGUUGUUGAUCAAAGGCUCUACUUUGAUUGUGGUGUGCUUUAUCCAAGAAUUCGGGCAAUCUGUUUUCCAAUAUUAUUUUUGGGUGAAGACACAAUUCUUGAUGAACACAAGUUACCAUUGGAAGAAGCUCUGGGUUUUCUUGACGUAUUUUUGCAAGGACAAAACUUUGUUGCUGGCGACCAUCUAACCAUAGCUGACUGUUCUUUGGCUGCAUCAGUUUCAACCAUUGUAGCUGUAGGCUGGAAGAUAACACCUUAUUCCAAUGUAGCCUCAUGGCUAGCUAGAUGCGCUUUGGAAAUACCUGAUUACCACAAAGCAAACCAAGAAGGCGCUGAAACAUUUGCAAAGGCUGUCAAAGCAAAGUUGGCACCUGGCCAGCUAUGAUUCAAAAAAUAAACUGAAUCAAAUACUUCAUUCAACUUGCCAUAAAAAUGUUGAGACAGAAAUGCAGUAUUAAUGACCCAUGUGCCAACAAUCACUAUUUUAAUUUUGAUACCUUUUAUAUAUACAAUUUGAAGAAAUAAAAUUAUAUAUUAUGCA